AAGCGUCGCGGUUUCCCAUCAUCUAUAACGCGACGUACUUAGAUCUCGUUGAGCGCGUUAAGUGCGACGAUCUCGCAACUUUUCCUCUACCAACUUACUAUCUACCUACACUUUUUUACAACUUACUAGUUAUCUCCCUACACUUUUUUACAACUCAACUUCUCUAUCGAAAAGGCAACAUCAUCCAACAUCGCUAAUUUUCAUUCCAAGUCUCAAUUGUAACCCCAAGUCGUAUUCCUUCGCCAAAUUGCAUAUUACACCCUCCCUCUGGGUACAUAAGACUGACAUCGUGAACUCGUCUGACAAGAUGGAGGAUGAAUGGACGGUCGACGCUACUGAGGCGACUACUAUCUCGCUUGCGCGACCCUCGCCAAAAGGAACCGAGAAGAUCGCAGCCUUCAAACCGAGUUUCACUUAUCCUAUUUUUGGCAAAGAUGAGCGCAUAUUCGGCUACAAAGGCCUGAGAAUCAACAUUGAAUAUGAUGCAAGAGACUUGCGACCGAACCUAACAAUCACCUCGGAUAAGAAAUUCUCCACGGUUGGUGAUGUCGAGGCUCUUGAUGUGAAGGAAACGAUGAAGGAAUAUUUACCUGCAGUUGCCUUCCAAUCUAAGAAAGAAUUUGGCCAGGCUUUGAGAAUGCUCCCCGAUACAUGGACGCCCCCCGGAAGUCUACUGAAAACUUUGGAGAAGAACGGAGAGGUCUACGAGAUUUGGUACGGCACUUUAGCUGACCCAGCUAUCUUGCAAAUAAUCAAGCGCGUCCAACUCAUGGCUUUGUUCUUUAUCGAAGGUGGAUCCUACAUAGGCGAGGACGCUGACGGCAAUGAUGAACCGGAACACUCCUUGGCAAGAUGGACAGUGUUCUUUGCCUACAAAAAGGGAGUCGACUCUGAAGCUGCGGGCAAAACUCAAUAUACCUUUCAAGGUUAUGCGACAGUCUACACCUUUUGGAUGUACCAACAGCCUACCCCACCGGCAUCUCCAAGUUCAGAGAAGGAGACUGAUUUAUGGGACCUAUCCAACGAUAGCUUCACUAUUGAUCAAGCUAUUCAUCGCAAGAGAAUCUCACAGUUUAUAAUCCUCCCCCCUUUUCAAGGCAAAGGAAUUGGCGCUUUUCUCUACAAUACUAUCUUCGAGCUUGGGCUGAAGACAGCUACCACGAAAGAAGUGACAGUGGAAGAUCCCAACGAGGACUUUGAUUUACUGCGAGAUUUAUGCGACCUGAAGUAUUUACUAAAGAACGUCCCCGAAUUCGCUGAGCUCGAGGUCAACACGGAUAUUCAUGUUCCCACGAAGGCUGGCAUAUUACAUCACAACACCAAGAUAUCUUCGCGAGGGAAUGAAUCCAGCGACGGUAUUGUUGACAUUGUCAAGCUUGAGGAGAUCCGAGUUCAGAACAAGAUUGCACCACGACAAUUCUGGCGACUUGUCGAAAUGCAUCUCAUGUCAAAGCUACCUGAUUCUGUGCGACCAGAAGCCAUUGAGACUAAGAAGAGCAGAUCGGCUGCGCCAAAGGCAGAUAAACAUGCCUACAUGCUUUGGCGUCUACUGCUCAAGCAGCGUCUGUACCGCCGCAAUGCUUCUGUCCUAGGCGAAUUUGAGAUUACCGAGCGUAUCAUCAAGUUGAAUGAGACCGUGGACAACGUCGAAUGGGAGUACGCUAUAAUUCUUGAGCGGUUUGCGUCGAAACCACCUGUUGCUAAUGGCAAGAGGACGUUGGAUGACGACCUUGAAGCAACGGGCUCUUCCAGUAAAAAGGCUCGGGUUGAGGAUCUCAAGUAACUAGAUCGUUCUUGGUCAUCUCGGCUGGAUCGAACAUUUUUCAUAUCUGGUUUUUGAGGGGAUAAGGAGUUCUGGUGGUUCUCAUGAUACCUGCGCUGUACAAUUCGCAUUCCGGGUGGGCUUUGAAGUUUUAUGUUCCAGGGGAAGUAGAUAAUGAAUUGGGGGGGGAGAGGGGGCAUUUGGUCACCAUCUUGACUAGGAUGUCAAGCUUGCACGUU